GGGGCCGGGGCGGGCGGCGGGCCCCGCCGGGCGGCCGGCGCCAUGGGCACGGUGCUGUCGCUGUCGCCGAGCUACCGGAAGGCCCCGCUGUUCGAGGAGGGGGCGGCCACGGUGGGGCACUACACGGCGGUGCAGAACAGCAAGAACGCGAAGGAGAAGGGCCUGAAGCGGCACUCGCUCAUCUCCGUGCUGCCCUGGAAGCGCAUCGCCGCCGUCUCGGCCAAGAAGAAGAGCUCCAAGAAGGUGCAGCCCAACGGCGGCUACCAGAGCAACGUCACCCACCUGAACAACGAGAACCUGAAGAAGUCGCUCUCCUGCGCCAACCUCGCCACCUUCGCCCCGCCGCCCCCCGCCGCCGCCGCCGCCGCCGCCGCCCUCGCCUCGGCGCAGAAAGCCCCCGCGGCCGCGCCCGCCGCCGCCGCCACCCCGCGCCGCGUCGUGGUGCAGGCGUCCACCAGCGAGCUGCUGCGCUGCCUGGGCGAGUUCCUGUGCCGCCGCUGCUACCGGCUGAAGCACCUCUCGCCUACCGACCCCGUGCUCUGGCUGCGCUCCGUGGACCGCUCGCUGCUGCUGCAGGGCUGGCAGGACCAGGGCUUCAUCACGCCGGCCAACGUGGUCUUCCUGUACAUGCUGUGCCGGGACGUCAUCUCGGCCGAGGUGGCCAGCGACCACGAACUGCAGGCAGUGCUGCUCACCUGCCUGUACCUCUCCUACUCCUACAUGGGCAACGAGAUCUCCUACCCGCUCAAGCCCUUCCUGGUGGAGAGCUGUAAGGAGGCCUUCUGGGACCGCUGCCUCUCCAUCAUCGACCUCAUGAGCCCCAAGAUGCUGCAGGUCAACGCCGACCCGCACUUCUUCACGCAGGUCUUCGCCGACCUCAAGAAGGAGAGCGGCGCCGAGGAGAAGGGCCGCCUGCUCAUCGGCCUCGACCGGUGAGCGCCGCCGCCGCCGCCGCCUCGCCCCCGGGGCUGCCCCCCCCCACCCCCCCGACCCGGGACCGGGGGCCCCCCCCCCCGACCUCCUCCCCAGCCCAGCAAAGCGGCGGCGGAGCGGAGACCUCGCCCCCCCCCCCUUCUCCAUCACCCCCCUCCCCAAUAUUCCCGUCCUCCGGGGCUGGCUCAGCUCGGCUGCAGCGAAACCGGGCGGGGGGGGGAAAAAAAAAAAAAGCAAAAAGAAGGAAAAAAAAAAAGGAAAAAAAAAACCAAUAGCCCUGAGGCUUGCGGCGGGGGAGGCGGGGGGCGCCCGGGGCGGAGCGGGGCAGCCCCGGUCUGGCCCGGCCCCGGCGACAGCGCGGCCGAGACAAAGAGCAGGUAGGGGGGGAAAACGGGAUAAAAAAACCACA